CGCGGCGCGCAGAGCGGGCGGAAGGACCGAGCCCGGCUGCCACCGUGUCCGAGCCCGAGCCGCAGCCCCGGCAGCGCGUCGCGGGGCCCGGUCGGCGCCGAUCGCCUCCUCGCCGCCCGCCACGUCCCCGCGGCCGCCGGAGCCGCCGCGCCGCCCGCGCGCCCCGAAGCGGCCGGGCCGGGCGGCCUCGGCCCCGCGCUCGCGCCCCGCGGCCCGCACCGGCCUUCACUCUGGAGCGGCCGCGGCAGCCGCAGCAGGCGCGGCGGCGGCGCAUCGAGGAGCUCUCCAGGGCGUCGCGCGAGCGGCUGCUGCAGUCCCGCGACAGGAUGUUCUCCAAGUUCACCUCCAUCCUGCAGCACGCCGUGGAGGCGCUUGCACCGUCCCUUCCUUUACAAGAAGAUUUUGUUUAUCACUGGAAGGCAAUUACGCAUUACUACAUAGAGACUUCGGAUGAUAAAGCCCCAGUGACAGAUACAAAUAUUCCAUCUCAUCUGGAACAGAUGUUAGAUAUAUUGGUACAAGAAGAAAAUGAACGGGAAUCUGGAGAGACAGGGCCAUGCAUGGAAUAUUUGCUCCAUCACAAGAUCUUGGAAACAUUAUAUACCUUGGGGAAAGCUGAUUGUCCUCCUGGAAUGAAACAGCAGGUCUUGGUGUUCUAUACGAAACUUCUGGGGAGGAUCCGGCAGCCACUGCUUCCACACAUUAAUGUGCACAGGCCAGUGCAGAAAUUAAUUAGACUCUGUGGUGAAGUCCUUGCAACCCCAACCGAAAAUGAAGAAAUUCAGUUUCUUUGUAUUGUUUGUGCAAAGCUGAAACAAGACCCCUACCUGGUUAAUUUUUUCCUAGAGAAUAAAUUGAAAUCAUUCGCUCCCAGAGUAGCACCGAAUGUAAUUUCAGAAGACACAGGAAAAGGUCAAGAUUCCUUGUCGGCAGACACAGGACAGUCCUGCCUGCCAGGGGAGCUCCCUGGUGCCGCAGGGCCCGAGCAGGCAGAGUCAGAGGACGAGCCUCCUCAGCAGGUGGACGACCUAUCCUCAAGCCUGGAUAAUCUCAAUGUGGUUUCACUGCCAGAGGCUGCAGUUGUUCGUCCGAACCAGGAUUACAAUUUAGUGAAUUCUUUGUUAAAUCUCACCAGAAGUCCGGACGGCCGGAUAGCUGUGAAAGCCUGCGAGGGCUUGAUGUUGCUGGUGAGUCUGCCAGAGCCAGCGGCCGCCAAGUGCCUCUCACAGAGCACCUGCCUGUGCGAGCUGCUGACGGACAGACUCGCCUCCCUGUACAAGGCGCUACCUCAGUCAGUGGAUCCCUUGGACAUUGAAACGGUGGAAGCAAUCAACUGGGGCUUGGAUUCCUAUAGUCACAAAGAAGAUGCUUCAGCAUUUCCAGGAAAACGAGCCUUAAUUUCAUUUCUUUCCUGGUUUGAUUAUUGUGAUCAGCUCAUAAAGGAAGCACAAAAGACCACUGCUGUUGCUCUUGCCAAAGCUGUUCAUGAGAGAUUUUUUAUUGGUGUUAUGGAGCCUCAGUUAAUGCAAACUUCUGAGAUGGGUAUUCUGACGUCAACUGCUCUGCUUCAUCGUAUUGUUCGGCAAGUAACCUCUGAUGUUUUGCUUCAAGAAAUGGUGUAUUUUAUCCUUGGGGAACAAAGGGAACCAGAAACUCUGGCAGAAAUUAGCAGACACCCAUUAAGACAUCGGUUAAUUGAACAUUGUGAUCACAUAUCUGAUGAGAUAAGCAUAAUGACAUUAAGAAUGUUUGAGCAUCUUUUACAAAAACCGAAUGAGCACAUUCUUUAUAACUUAGUCCUAAGAAAUCUUGAAGAAAGAAAUUAUACUGAGUAUAAACCCAUGUGUCCAGAAGACAAGGAUGUGGUGGAGAAUGGACUGAUUGCAGGAGCAGUAGAUCUGGAAGAAGAUCCAUUAUUUACUGACAUUUCACCAGAUAACAUGCUGUCAAACCAAGAGUGGCUUAGUUCUUCACCUCCUGCUACUCCAGACCACCCCAAAAGUGAUGGGAAAACUGAAGUCCAUAAAAUUGUAAAUAGUUUUCUCUGUCUGGUGCCUGAUGAAGCAAAAUCAUCCUACCAUGUUGAGGGCACUGGAUAUGACACCUACCUCCGAGAUGCUCAUAGGCAGUUCCGGGACUACUGUGCUAUCUGCUUGAGAUGGGAGUGGCCUGGGUCUCCGAAGGCCUUGGAAAGAUGCAAUUUAGAAGCAGCUUUCUUUGAAGGCCAUUUUUUGAAAGUUUUAUUUGACAGAAUGGGAAGAAUCCUUGAUCAGCCAUAUGAUGUCAAUUUACAAGUAACCUCGGUGUUAUCUAGACUUUCUCUCUUCCCUCAUCCACACAUACACGAGUACCUUUUGGAUCCUUAUGUGAACCUUGCUUCGGGCUGUAGAUCUCUCUUCUCUGUAAUCGUCAGGGUUGUUGGGGACCUUAUGGUUCGAAUCCAGCGCAUUCAAGACUUUACGCCUAAGCUUCUGUUAGUAAGAAAGCGAUUACUUGGUUUGGAGCCUGAAGGCCCCAUUAUUGACCACAUCACGUUGCUGGAGGGUGUGAUCGUGUUAGAGGAGUUCUGUAAGGAGCUGGCAGCAAUUGCAUUUGUGAAAUACCACGCUUCCUCCACCCCAUAAAUAGCAUCUUUCAGGACGCUGAGGGCCGAAACUGGCGUGUACAUUUCAUCAACAAAGCUCAGCUCCAUCCAACCAAGAGGAUACAAAGCAUUUGUAAAUGAACUGUUGCUGUAAACUGGACAGAACCAUUAAGAACCCACUGAGUGACACUCUCGUUAAACCUGUAUAGUGCUUUCAUUGGCUUUCUCACAAUGGUUCCAGAUGUAACAUUCACGUCCUUGAAUCCAGGAUACAAUCAGAAGCUAAGCAUUUCUAAUGACUGUGUGAAAAGCUGCAAAAUUUCUGAUGUCAUGACUUUGAUGAUAUUUCUGUUAUUUUAAUAUCCUUUUAGGCAGCAAGGCAUUUUGACAUUCUCUGGGACUCAAAUGCUUAUAUUCUUUUGGAUUAACAAGUAGCACAAAAGGACUAAUUUUAUAACUUUCUAAGGUCAGAAUUCUUAUCAAACAAAAUACGAAAAAACUCUAAAUGAGGAAAAAAAUUUCAGGAAACAUCAAAUGAAUGAGUUAAUAAUAAGACAUAAAGAUCUGUAGAGCACCAUUAACUUUCUUCAGCUUUUCUAAGAAUAACAAUUUAAUAUGAUAAAAAAAUUCUUGAUUAAUAUAAUAUAUAUAUUUUUAAAGAAACAUUCUCCUUUUACUCUUUUGUGCACAUAGCCAUGGUAGUGUUUGAUUUUCCUGUGUGAGUCCCAGUUUAAACUGUGUCAUUUUUGCAACCAUAUUGAAUUUAGGCCUUCCAUUGAUAGUGUUUACUAAAAUAGUAUUUUUUAAGUUAAUUAACAUAAACAUAACCUCGAAAACCUUUUUUUGCCUGGCUUGCUCCCCCUCUCUGAAAGCUGCUUUGUGAUUUGAUUUUCCUUGUGAACUGCAUGGUGGUAUCUGCAGGGGAAUUGACUGAUGAUUUUUAGGCAACAAUCAAAAUGCCAGUGGCCUCCUCAUUGUUUACAUUUUUUUUUUUUUCAUUUUAUUCAUUCUUUUGUUUUAAAUGAUCCUAAAGAAAUUCAAAAACAAACUAACCAGUCUGUCCUGUUUACAUGGUAAAGAAUUGGGGUAGACUGAGUGUAUGUGAAUGGGUAGAUGUGUGGGAGCAUGUGGUCCUUUGGCGAAGCUGUGCUGUGCAUUGCACGCUGGGACUUGAUUUACGAAAUGGUGUUUGCUAAUCCACUUUCUCUUCAUCCCUAAGUGAUGCUUAUCACUCAGAUACUGCUUUUAAACCUUUUGCUUUUCUUCCCUCUCCCUCCCCCUGUUCCUUCUUCUUUCCCCUUCCCUUCCCCUUUGUUCCCUCUUAGUUGAAAUAUUAAGCAGCAGCACUUUUCUCUUUAUUUUUCCAUUUACUGAUGUUUUAGGGGAGCAGACUAUCAGAUUUUCCAUCUUGAAAGGGACACCACUGCUCUGCUGGGAAGCUGUUCUGUGCAGCAUGUCUGCAUAUAUACAUUGUGUGGCGUGUGCAUAGACACUUGUUUUACACCUACUGCUAAUUUUGAUGAAUCAGUUUUCUGGUUUAUUUUAUAGUUAGUUUUUGCUAUUUAUUAAGAACAAAAUAUCAGAAGACUAUGAAUAUUUUUGGCAGUAGAAUGUUUACCACUUAAACAAAAAAAGACUAAAUUUCUAAUUUAAUGCAAAUGUAUAUUAGUUCUUUCUAGAAAUGUGUUAAGCUAAACAAUGAAAAAACAAAUGUGGGGGAUACUUUGUGCAUUGCUUUCCUUGAAUGAUCUUUAAUGGUGAGAAAGCGUUACCCACUCAUGCAAGGAGUGCUGCAGCCUCUCGCUUGUUAGAUGCAGUGAGUAGGUUUGUUUAAAGGCAUUAAGAGGUACUAGGUAUUUCUUAAUGUUUCAAUAGGCGUAAUAGCAGUGAUGUUACCUCUUGAACCAAAUACUGUUUUAUCUUUGAUGCCACAACGGGACCUUAUAACUAAUCCAUGAAACCAAGAGCAGAAAAGCUUUAACUCUUAUAUAUGUAUGUGUGCUGCUUCUUAAAACAAUUGUUUUCCUAAGUUAUUAUAAUGACUUUGGUUUGCAAUCAGCUUAAGCUUAAGGAAUAAUUUAUCUUCUAGGUUUCUUUUUUAUUUCCCCCCAUACUUAGUUCAGACCGAGAGCCAGCAUAAUUCCCACAGUGAGUUGGAUUUGUGAGGGGAACACUGUGCUAUGUGACUAGUAAGUCUUUUUCUUACUGUCUCUUGGAAGCUGAAUAUUUCUACUAUUCAGUACUUGCAGAACAGUGACUAAAAUUCACACUGUGUUGGGUGGAAAUAACCACCGUGACAAUUGAUUGCCAUAGCAACUUCCAAACUGGAUUUUAGCCUUGCUUCAUAUUGAUAUAAGUAGGUAUACACAUUUUUUUUUUUAAACAUUUUCUCUGACAGUAGAGUCUUUGGAUUUUCUUUUUUUUCUUUUUUUUUAGUAAUGAGCCACGUUCCUUAUUUGCUAGAACACAGAUUUGUCCUUAGCCACUUAUCACCGUAGUACUCAUAACUAUGUAAUGUUCUCAUAAUGUAUCUGUGUGCAAUAUGAGAGCUAUGAGUGGAUUCAUAGCUUUUGGUUUAAUUGUAUAUUAUUGUGGUGUACAUGUGUAUAUAAAUGUAUAUACAUAAGGACCAAAAUCCUUAGCUUGCUUACACCGUUGCUAGUGUAAAGAUUGUUACACUUAAUUUUACAGGGCACAAAUUAUGAAAUUACUUCAUAAUUCAUGGUAACACAUUUCCAUAAAUUAUUGCAUUAAUAGAUAAUUGCCAUUUAAUUAUGAAGUUUCAUAGAAGUUACAGUGAAGUGUGAAAACCACAAAUUGUAUGGUAAUUACAUUUUGGGUUAUACUACGAAUCAAAAUAUGCAUGUCAUUGUGACACUUGAUGUGACACACGAUCGAUAAUCAUAUUUCUGGGCCCUGUAAAAUAGUGUUACCAUAAUGCUCUGUUUUGCCUCCUGCCUUGUUUAUAUUAAACAAAGGAUAUUUGGUAAAUUUUUCUAUCGAGCAUUGCGUAGGUUACUGACAGUGUUACUAAGGCCUGGAAUUCUCGGGCCGCCUGUGAAGAAGGUGAUUGUAUACCUACUCUCUCUGCAAAGGAGGUGUGAUCGCGUUCAACUUCUUGUGCUAACAAUGCAUGCAGGACUAAGAGGGAUAAUCUAAAAAUAAAUAAUGUAAUUUAAACAAAAUGUC